CGAUUAAUGACCUUUCGUAUGAUUUGAGAGACAGCUUUAUCUGGAAUUCGUGUCAUUUUGUCCGUAUUUCCCCCGUAACUACUUAAACUGAAGACAUUUAUUGACAUAAGUUCUUCAGAGAACCCGCCAAUAUGGCUGGAUCAGCCUUGAAAAGGCUCAUGGCCGAGUACAAACAGCUCACACUGAAUCCACCAGAAGGAAUAGUCGCUGGACCUUCAAAUGAGGAAAAUUUUUUUGAAUGGGAAGCAUUGAUUGUCGGUCCUGAGGGAACAUGUUUUGAAGGUGGUGUGUUUCCAGCAAAAAUAACUUUCCCACCUGACUAUCCACUAAGUCCUCCAAAAAUGAAGUUUACAAGUGACAUGUUCCACCCAAAUAUUUACCCAGAUGGUCAAGUUUGCAUAUCAAUUUUGCAUGCACCUGGUGAUGAUCCAAUGGGAUACGAGAGUAGUGCCGAGAGAUGGAGUCCCGUACAGAGUGUGGAAAAGAUAUUACUCUCAGUCGUUAGUAUGCUGGCAGAACCCAACGAUGAAAGUGGUGCCAAUGUUGAUGCAUCCAAAAUGUGGCGAGACGAUAGACAACAGUUUAACAAGAUGGCAAGACGACUUGUCAGAAAAUCUCUAGGCCUUUAGAUGGAGUUUAGGAUUGCUGGGUCAAGUGAUUCCCUCAACUUACACAAGUAUUAACUCCCUUAACAUCCAAUUUGCCAUGUGCAAACUCUUCUGAUAUUAAACAUUUGUACCAGCAUGUCAUCAUGGA